UCUGUUUCUUCCCAACGAAGCAGAGCAUGCAGCGCUUCACCGUCUCCGUCAUCUUCUUCUCCCUCACCCUUCUCACUCUCUCAGAUGGUGGCUCCAUUGGAGUGAACUACGGUCGCAUAGCUAACAACCUUCCCUCGGCGGUGAAGGUUGUUCAGCUCCUAAAAUCUCAGGGGCUAGACCGCGUCAAGGUCUACGACACCGACCCGUCAGUGCUUCGGGCUUUAUCCGGAUCCGGAAUCAAAGUAACCGUGGAUCUACCUAACCAGCAACUCUUCGCAGCAGCCAAAGCACCUUCCUUUGCACUCUCAUGGGUCGAGAGGAACGUCGCCGCCUACCACCCCCACACCCAAAUCGAAGCCAUUGCCGUCGGCAACGAGGUCUUCGUCGAUCCCGCCCACACUACCAAGUUCCUCGUACCCGCCAUGAAAAACAUCUACCAAGCUCUCGUCAAACACAACCUUCACUCCGACAUUAAAGUUUCUUCCCCUAUUGCUCUCUCCGCACUCGGAAACUCAUACCCUUCUUCAUCCGGGUCGUUCCGACCCGAACUCGUUCAACCCGUUUUCAAACCCAUGUUGGAUUUUCUCCGUCAAACUGGGUCGUACCUCAUGGUGAACGUGUACCCUUUUUUCGCGUACGAGUCCAACGCUGACGUCAUCUCCUUGGACUACGCAUUGUUCCGGGACAACCCGGGAGUGGUGGAUCCGGGUAACGGUUUAAGAUAUUUCAACCUGUUCGACGCCCAAAUCGACGCCGUUUUUGCCGCACUAUCUGCUUUGAAAUACGACGACGUUAAGAUCGUUGUGACGGAAACAGGUUGGCCUUCCAAGGGGGAUAAUAAUGAGGUGGGUGCGAGCCUACAGAACGCAGCUGCGUACAACGGCAAUCUCGUCCGCAAGAUCUUGACGGGUGGUGGGACCCCCAUGAGACCCAAAGCAGAUCUCACCGUCUAUUUAUUCGCGCUUUUCAACGAGAACCAGAAAGGGGGGCCCACCUCGGAGAGGAACUUCGGUCUGUUUUACCCAGACGAGAGGAAGGUUUACGACAUUCCGUUAACGGCGGAGAAGCUUAAGGAUUACCACGACCGUCCUUCACCGGUUAGCGGCGGCCAGAAGCAGCCGCCGAAGGCCCCCGCCCCCGUCGUUGUCGGCGGUGGCGGUGUUUCGAAGAGCACCACUGGGAACACGUGGUGCGUUGCGAACCCGGAUGUGGAAAAAGUUAAGCUGCAGGCGGCUCUAGAUUUUGCUUGUGGGGAGGGAGGUGCUGAUUGCCGUCCGAUCCAGCGUGGUGCCACGUGUUACGAUCCUAACACGCUUGUGGCCCAUGCUUCGUUCGCGUUCAACAGUUAUUACCAGAAGAAAGCACGCGCGGGUGGUAGUUGCUAUUUCGGGGGUACGUCGUAUGUGGUCACGCAGGAGCCCAAGUAUGGUAGCUGCGAAUUUCCUACUGGAUACUGAAGGCAUAAGAGGACUGACAUAGCAUCUGGCUGAUUUUGCUUUCGUGUAAAGUAUGAGAAGG